UACAGUAACUAUAAAAUAGAAAGCUUAAUCAACUUAUUAUUGAUUAAUUCGUCAGUUGUAACAAACUUUCUUUCAGAUUCUUCGCAUCAAUUGGAUCGUUGACCCCUUGUUACUAUCCACGCAUCCGAUUUUGUUUAUCUUCUGAAUUUUUCCGAAUGUAAACUUUUCUCAGAAAAAAAAAAAGUAAUUUCAGAAAAGGAGGCAAUGGAGACGGAAAUCCAAUCGAAUUCGAAUGGUAGUUUCAAUCUGUGGAGCGAAUUAGAAUUGCAGGAAUUCACCGACAAAUUAGUGAUCAAAUCCGUGGAAUCGCCUGAUCAAGGCUUCUCAAUAAACCGAUUAGAUGGAAAUAUUGACAAGCUUAGCAACAACGGUGAUUUCCCUUCUGGGAGUCCUAAAGUCUCGACUAUAUAUGGUGUUGCUGGAACAAUUAGGUUGCUGGCAGGUACAUAUGUUAUGGUUAUAACUUCUAGGAAGGAAGUUGGAAAUUAUCUUGGUUUUCCUGUUUUCCUGGCUACGUCAAUGAAGUUUAUAUCCUGCAAUGAAGCUUCAAGAAUCUUAACUAGUCAAGAAAAAAGGGAUGAAGAUUACUUUAUGACUCUGUUGAGGACAGUUGAAUCAACUCCUGGCUUGUACUAUUCUUAUGGAACUGAUAUAACACUGAACUUGCAGAGGAGAUCCAAGUUGGUGAAAGGAUGGGAGAGUAAGCCAAUUUGGAAGCAGGGUGACCCACGGUUUGUUUGGAACCGGAAUUUAUUAGAGGAGCUUAUUGAGAAUAAGCUUGAUGAAUUCAUCAUCCCUUUGUUACAAGGAAGCUUUCAGACUGGAGAACUGAAGCUGAAAGAUUCUCCUGCUAUUAUAAAAAUAGUUUCACGGAGGUGUACGAGGCGCCUAGGAACAAGAAUGUGGAGACGAGGAGCCAAUCUAGAAGGAGAUGCUGCUAAUUUUAUAGAAACUGAGCAGCUGCUGGAAUUUAAAGAUCAUAUAUCUUCUUUUUUGCAGGUUCGGGGAUCAAUUCCGCUUCUAUGGGAGCAAAUUGUUGAUUUGAGCUACAAACCGCGACUUCAAAUAAUUAACCAUGAACAGACAUCAAUGGUUGCGGAACGCCAUUUCAAUGAUCUAUUGAAAAGAUAUGGAGGGUGUAUUGUGGUUGACCUGACAGAUAAGCAUGGAGAUGAAGGUAUGUUAAGUACAGCUUAUGAAGAAGAAAUGCAAAAACUUCCGAACGUGAGGUAUGUCUCAUUUGACUUCCACCAAUCAUGUGGCCAUGGGAACUUUGAUAAUAUACAACUUCUGUACGACCAACUUUCUGAAGACUUUGAGAAGCAAGGAUACUUCCUUUUAGAUUCUGAAGGAAAGAUUCUAGCAGAACAGGAGGGAGUAGUUAGAUCAAACUGCAUCGAUUGCCUUGAUAGAACAAAUGUGACACAGAGCUACCUUGCACAAAAAUCUUUGAAUUCUCAGCUACAGAAAGUUGGUGCCAUUUCUUCAACUGAAAACAUUUCGAUGUUUAGUGAAGAUUUUGAAGUUUUUAAAACUUUAUGGGUAGAGCAUGGGGAUGAGAUAAGCCUUGAGUACUCUGGAACGCAUGCUCUGAAGCGGGACCUUGUGAGAUAUGGAAAACAAACGAUGGCUGGUGUUAUAAAAGAUGGGAUAAGUGCCCUGUCAAGAUAUUACUUGAAUAAUUUUCAAGAUGGGGUUCGGCAGGAUGCUAUCGAUCUUAUCAGUGGCCACUAUACUGUGAGCAGAAUUAGGCCCUCCCCAUUCCACCCCAAAGGAAUUGAUACCCUCUCAUAUCUUCCGGUUGCAUCAGCUUUAGUUAUUGGAGGGUUGACUGUGACAUCAAUCACAUUAAAUCAAGCUGGCAGAAAUGCACAACAAUAUCUAUCUUCUGUGGUCUGUGCUGGGCUAACUGCUGGAUUGAUGGCAGUUAUUAAGGCCAAUGGGAGGCAAAUCUGUUCGAGGCCUCGCUUGUGUGGUCUGUUUUAGAAGCUACUUACCGCGCUUUUCCAAACUAUUUGAACACUGUACACUAGCCGAAUACAAGUUUGUUGAAAUUUGUUAAUAAAACUACGAAUAGGGGAGCCUGUGAUGAACUGUGAAAACUCAAUAAUUUGCAGGUCAUUUCGUAUUGCAGUGAUUUCUUUUACUA